AUGCUGCCCACGCCGGACACCUCGCACGUGCCGUACGGCCGCGUCUACGAGCCGGCCGAGGACUCCUUUCUGAUGAUUGACACGCUGGCCGGCCCGACCGAGACGGCGUUUUUGCAGGGCCGCUUUGGCGGCGACAGCAGCAGUACGCCGCUGGUCGUCGAGGUCGGCUCGGGCUCGGGCGUCGUCCUGGCCUUUGUGGCUGCCCAGGCGGCGCAUCUGUUUGGCCGCGACGGUCACGUGAUGUCCAUGGCCGUGGACGUGAACGCAUUUGCCUGUCGGGCGACGGCCGAGACGGUGCGCCGGGCGAUGCGCGAGGAGGGCGACGAAGAAAAGACAGAAAGAGCUGGCGUCUCCUUUCUCGGAGCUGUCCGUGCCGACCUCGUGUCAGGCCUUCGGCCGGGACAGGUCGACGUGUUGCUGUUCAACCCGCCGUACGUGCCGUCGCCAGAGCUUCCGGGCCUGCCAAAGGAGGAGGAGGAGGACGGAAUGAAAAACACAAGCAAAAACAGCUCCCUCACAUUCGCCCGCGACUGCCACCUCCUCGCGCUCGCCUGCGACGGCGGUCGCGACGGCAUGGAGACCACUGAUCGACUGCUGGCAGCCUUGCCGGUCGUGCUGGCCACACGAGGCUGCGCCUACGUGCUGUUGUGCGCGCAGAACCGACCCGAGGCUGUGAAGGAACGCAUCCGGGCAUGGGCAGACGAGGGUGGACGGUGGCAGGCCGAGACGGUGGGCUCGAGCGGGAAGCAGGCUGGCUGGGAGAAGCUGCAGAUUGUGAGGAUAUGGAGGGAUUAG